ACGUCGUAUGGAUUUUACUCAUUAAACAAAUCGAACUCUGUGUCCAACUCCAAUCAAUCACUCUCUUCCCUUAUUUAUCUGUCUGUCUCUCGUACAGAGCAGAGAGAAGCUAAGAUACGUAAUGGCAACUCGCGCGAUCCACAGAGCUUUCGCGAAACGCACCGUUCCGUUCCUCACUUCCCAAUCUCUCUUCCUUUCCUCCAUUUCUCGUUCCGUUAGCACAUUGGUUCUUGCUGAACAUGAAGGUGGUUCUAUAAAGGCACCAUCUGUGAGUGCGGUAGCAGCUGCAAGUUCUUUAAGCAAGGACAAUUCCAUUUCUGUGCUAUUGGCUGGGUCGGGUCCUUCCCUUCAAGAAGCUGCUGCACAUGCUGCCUCAUGCCAUCCUUCUGUUUCUCAGGUGCUGGUAGCUGAUUCAGAUAAAUUUUCACAUCCUUUAGCGGAACCUUGGGCUAAACUAGUCCAUUUGGUUCAGCAGAAGGGUGGAUACUCGCAUAUAAUUGCACCUUCAGGUUCAUUUGGAAAAAACAUUCUACCACGUGCCGCUGCCCUUUUAGAUGUUUCUCCGAUUACCGAUAUUAUUGAAAUUUCCGAAUCUAAUCUCUUUGUGAGGCCAAUAUAUGCUGGAAAUGCACUUUGUACAGUUAGAUAUGCUGGUGCCAACCCAUGUAUGUUGACCAUUAGAUCCACAUCUUUUCCAGUUCCCCCGAUCUCAGCUGAUUCAAAAUCUGAGGCAUCAAUAUCUCAGGUUGAUCUCUCAACCUUUGGUGAAGAUGCUGUGGGUAAAUCAAGAUAUGUAAAGCUCACUUCUCAGGAAACAGAACGCCCAGAUCUUGGGAAUGCACAUGUUGUUGUCACUGGGGGGCGUGCAUUGAAAAGUGCUGAGAACUUCAAAAUGAUAGAGAAGCUUGCAGAGAAACUUGGUGCAGCUGUUGGUGCUACCCGUGCUGCUGUUGAUGCGGGAUUUGUUCCUAAUGACCUCCAGGUUGGCCAAACUGGAAAGAUUGUCGCCCCAGAACUAUAUAUGGCUUUUGGUGUUUCAGGAGCCAUUCAGCACUUGGCAGGUAUGAGAGACUCCAAGGUCAUUGUUGCUGUGAACAAAGAUGCAGAUGCUCCCAUAUUUCAGGUUGCUGAUUAUGGACUCGUAGGUGAUCUUUUUGAAGUGAUACCAGAAUUGCUAGAAAAGAUGCCGGAGAAAAAAUAAACCUCUAACCCGUGCAAUUUUUCAGGCUCCACAAUGCUGAAAGAUUGCUCAAUGUCUUGCUUACAAAAGCAUUGUAUGAACGAUAAUAAUUAUUAAUUGAAGUGGAAUUUCAAUGUACCA